AUAUACAAGAGAAGGAGUCCAACAAGUAUUUACAGCAAAUUACAAUUGCUUUGUUACUUUAGAUUUAGUGGCCACAAGCUUGUUCAUCUUGAUCUCGGAGGAGCGCCGCCAAAACUGACCUAUCUACUACAGGUAGAAAAUCACUCUGCUCUUAUAUACAUAUACAGCCGUCAGAAUCAUUUGCUUUAUCAAAUACUUCGUUUUCACUUGAGCCUUUUCUUCUUUGCUUUUGCCUAUUUCUAUAUAGCCUGCCACAGAUCCUGAUUUUAUCUUUCUUUUAUGGCCCCACUAGUAUUUCACAUAAGACUCGGUUGGCAAAUGGGGAAAUCGUUAUUCGCUAACAGCUCAGAUCAGGAUAUUAGAUCAUGCAUGUAUAUCGCGGCUGGAGACCUUCCUGGAUUUUACUCAAAAAAGGGCUUUCUAUGCCAGAGGUUAAUUUGUGGAGUUCAGAGGAAAUCUUCAUAGUCUAAGAUAAAGAAUUUGGCAUCUACGUCAAAAACUGCCUCUGUCCUUAACACCGCAUCUAAACGCAGAGGAUCACUUUCAGGUCUCCAAAGAGGAUGCUUUGAUUUGGAGACAAGUCAAAUUCACUUGUCAAAGUUUUGUUCAUUACAAUUAACGAGGAUUCUAAUUUCCAGGUUACUCGUUCUGUAUUGUGGAUUAUCGGUUAGGUGAUACACUAACUAAUAAAAACGCUUUUUUGUCAUUGUUUUAGCUCUUUCCAUUUUUCCGUAAAUGGGGCGCCACAGGGCUCCUUAUUGAGUAUGCUGAUACGUUCCCUUACUCUGGAGAGCUCGAGGUGAUUCAAGGACCUGACGUAUUUAGGUAACAACUGUUUAACUUAGAGGGCGGGUAGUUCUCCUAGGCAACGUUGACAGCAGUAGAUGAAUUAUGUUUCGUAUCAUUCGAUUGAUGUAUCCUUAGUUCUGUGGUAAAGACCCUGUUCAUUGACUUUUUUUGUGAUGUCACGUAGAUACUAAAUAAAUAACUGCUUAGCCUGCGAAAACAUCCGUUUCUCCUCGCUCUUCGUCGCUGAGGACGUUUCGCGCGGAGGAACGUCUGCGACUCAGCGACAGAAAUUCCAUACUGAUGACGUAAAAUCUGCCCAGAAUCCGGUCAGAAGCGCUGAUUGGUCGACGGAGCAGUUACAUUGUUUUAGCUGUUGUUUACAAAUGACAGACAAAAGACAAAAGGCCAAAAAGGUCAAAUGUAGACACGAAGAAUCUCUAACAAAACAGUCAAUAUUUGUGCAAUAUAGUCUUCUCUAGAAGAAGCAUUUGAGUUUUGCUGGAGCUCGUGGACAUAUCAACACAACACUUUACCAAAAUCGACCAGAAGACACGCAAAAUUAGACAAAUUUAUAUUUGGAACCUCAUAACUACCGGAUUUGUUAUGUAAACAUUGAUUUGCGUCAUCAGUAUGGAAUUUCUGUCACUGAGUCGCAGACGUUCCUCCGCGCGAAACGUCCUCAGCGACGAAGAGCGAGGAGAAAAAGGAUGUUUUCGCAGGCUAAUAACUGCUAUAACAUGCUUUUUUUAUUAUAAUAACCAUUGCAAUCAAUAUUAGAUUAAAAACAAACAUAGUCGACCACAAAAACGAAGGAGUCCGAAAAUGCACAAGAAAGUAAUAAACGUUUCUCUCUGACAUGGCACUGUUCAUUUCGAAAACGCUGGUUCCAAAAGCAAAUUUGACAAACUACUUUCAAAUUAGUAAUCUUUCAUUUUUCCACUUUUUUCCAUUUAAUUACUCCAAAUAUUUUAUAAAAAUUAAAGGAAAUCAUGCAAGAUUAAUAAAGUGGGUGCUUUCUACUAAAUAUUAAACUGGAACCUGUAAGCGAUAGCCCAGCAAAUGAUCACUUACGACCUUCAUCACUUCCCCUUCAUUAUGCCUUUCAUUCCUUCUUCUUAGCACCUCCUUAAUGACAAUGUUCUUUUUUUAUCGUUACCUAGCCAAGACGAAGUUUUGUUCUUGAUUAAAGAAGCACGGCGGAACGAUCUUAUCGUUAUACCACUUGUACAGACAUUCGGCCAUCUCGAGGUUAGUUUCUUACACAUCUCCUUCAGUACCCAUUAGCUUCUAAGAGUAUCCGAUUCUUUAAUUUGGGAUUGGACUAAAUUUGACAGCACUAUAUAUUUGUAAAUACUUUCAUUUUUUAAUGGAAAUUAUUUUUACUCUAAAAAUGAUUUAGCCUACGCGAGGCAAAUAUUAUCUAUGAAAAAUAAAUCUAAUUGCAUUUCUUUACGGUUUUUUUUUCUUCCUCAGUUUGUCUUAAAGCACGAAAAAUUUGCCCACCUUCGUGAGACAGCAAAAUACACAAACUCAAUAUGCCCCAAAAAUCCAGGUAGGAGAUGAAAGAUAAAACAACUCAACUGGCAGAAAUAGGUUAAACUACUCUUCAUUCUCAGGUACCAACGUAUAUCUCUACCAAUAACAGCGUUCUUUCCGGUCAUACAGAGGUAUAUUAGUAUGUGUAGAAGACAUGGUUUUGGAGGGGAGGGGGGGGGUGUGAAGAGUGAGUAGAAGACAGAAAGAAUGCUAUUAGUAGUAUUCUUAGGUCAUUUCUUGUGUCUCUUCAGUGCAUACAGCUAAGAUAUGUAAACUCCGAGUUAAACGCCCAAGUUGUAUAGAUUCAGGCGAGCAUUCUAAGGAGCAUUUUCAUUUGAUCAAUGGGGUUAGAGCAACAAACCGUUUUGAUGACUACCGCACAGAUUGUCGAAACAGUUACUGUCAACAAUAGUCCUAUUCUGGACUUCGUUCACCGUACCCGGACGAUUAUGCUCAACCUACUUAUGAAAUGACUCCAGGGCCGGCUCACUAACCUUUCACAGUUACACAUUUUUCUUUCAGAGGCAGUGGAAUUGGUAAAGGAAAUGAUUAAUCAGGUGGCAGACCUUCAUACGGGAAUCCAAUGGUUUCACGUGGGAGCUGAUGAGGUUGGUAAUGAACCAUGUGAACCAUGCUUCUCUUUGUUUGUUUUUUACAAAUAGAGGUAGAAAUAAUUGUUUUAUCAUUCAUUCAAAAUAAUUCCUAGUUUAAAAACAAGUUAAAACAUGCUUACCAUCGAUCUUAAGUUCAUCUUUGAUAGUGCCUGUUUAUCAGCAGGUUCAGGAGAUAAAGGCUUCACUUGUUCAGUUCUGCAAAUAUUUUCCAAACAGCAGAUGUCGUCUGUCGAGUUGUCUUCUUGCUGUUCUUGUUAUGUUUUUAGCCACUGAUAGUUCGCCUAUUUCUUCCUCGUGAAACGAGUGAAAUGUUCCGCCAUUUUGUAUUCACCACCAUUUCAACGAGACAACCUCGUCCCCAGGUCUUCGCAAAAUUCUUCCAAAUUUGGUCGACAGUUAAAGAUGGUUAUGAUGAAUUAUACGUGGGAUUUUAGCCUAUCAGAAACAGAGAAAUAUUUUGAAUGAAUAAAAAUAACCUUUCUUGGUGCAUCCAAAUGCAGCUAACAAUUCUAUUUCUUUAUCUUUUCCGAAAAAUUAGAUACGUAUUUUAAACCAGGAAAAAGCAUCGGACAGACAAAUUUUUGGACGCAGAAUUCAGUCGCUCAGUAGUCAAAAAUCACCCGACACAUUUUUCAGAGGGCCACUAGUUUAUUACUAUAGAAACCUGUAUUAGGCGGACACCCUGUAUUAAGCGGACACUACAGCAUUCCCCGAGGGUGUCCGCUUAAUACAGGUUUCACUAUAGUUUUAUUAGUAUUUUGUGUCACCCACUCUAAAUAAAGUUCUUACCUUACCUUACCGUCUAACUGCCUGACACUUCAAGCUCUAACUGUUGAAUUCUCCGUCUGAAAGUGUGUUUAGAUUCUUUUUUGGGAUUUGUCUUUCAUUGCAAGGGAAGAGUUCCCUUGCUAUUUUAACUGUACAUUAAAUUGAUAACCGAACGCUCUCUAUCCUGAUUUAACUUUACCACAGGUGUGGAACCUAAAGACGUGUCGCGCGUGCUUGGACGAUAACAGAAACAAAAGCAUGAUAUUCUUGCAACACAUGGUUCCAGUUCUACAACAUGUGAGAAAUAAGGGUUUCACACCAAUCUUGUGGGAUGACAUGAUGCGAGAGUGGACAAUAGACUUCCUUAAAGGUUUGCUCUCUUUACUUUUGAACUCCUCAAUGGAUACAAAUGCAGAGAGUCGUUUAUUAUGGUACAAUUAACAGCGGUUUCGCCUUGGUUCGCAUACGUAAAUGUUACGUGCUUAUUAAUAUGUGAUCUAAAUAAAAUCUCUUUAGAGAUUUCAAAUCAAAAGAAUUGUUGUUUGACCUCUUUUUCCUUAAGGUACGACUAAACGGGCAACGAAAACGCGCAACCUGUCACGUUGCAAAACAAUUUGAUUAGCGAUGUCACCCGUUUUACCACCCACAAAUAAAACUUGCAACGAAUCAGGCCGUUGCAGGUUGUGAGAAGUUGUUACAGAAACUAGAGAGUAGCUGAAAAUUUUUGCAACAAAAUCUGUGUACGGUGCAUGUUUUGCAACAAGUGACAUAACUGAUCCGGAUCCGUGUAUUGUGUGACUCCCGCUUAAUUUUAUCCAAUCAUAAGUCAGUAUUCACACGCAAAUCAAUUUGCAACAACCUGAUUUGUAGCAAGACAGGCUUGAACGUGGGUGGUAAAACUCGUUUGCAGCAAUGUUGCAAAACAAGUUGCAUGUUUAUUUUUUCCGCUUUACUGUGUCUUUAAGCAAUGCUCAGUUGCAUUACAAAUCGUGGUACUAAGUCAAAGUCCUUUUCUACUCUUUUGUGUCAUGUAUUACAGUGGUUGGCAGGUUAGCAGAGCCAAUGAUUUGGUAUUACAGGACCGACCUUAGAAGUCAUUUUCCUAAAGGUAAAUUCGCCAAUACAAACUUCGUCCACCGUAGAAACAAAACUGACUUUUUGAUCGUGUUCUUGGGAGAGAGAAAUGACAUGAUUUCCAUUCAGGCCUUUGACCAUGCACUACGUCACUAGCGGUUUUUCGCACUGAUUUUCUUGAUAAACGAUAUUUUGUCAGAACAUAGCAGAACAGAACUCCUGCUUUCGCUUGUAUGUUUUAUUACUGUAGGUCAUGUGAUAAUACUCUAGAGGACUUUUUCUUUCAAGUUUCGUCUUAUUCACAUGUAUAUGCACGCAUAAUUUAGUCAGUUUAUAGUCUAACAAAAUAUAGGGGCAACUCCUCUGGCAUUAUCAUUGGACAAACAAUAGGUAACGGCUAAAUCGAUACGGAAGUGAAGGGGUGGAGGUAUGGUGUGCUGGAAAAAUUAGUUAUGACCUUUGUGUAUUUUAAAUUCUAAUUGAUCCACAGAAAUGUAUCAACGAUACUUUGAAGCGUUUCCUAAAAUGUGGACUGCCAGUGCGUUUAAAGGUAUAAGAUUUUAAUUUAUCACUGAUUUUUCAUUUAAUUCGAAGAAAUUGCUAGUGGUACCACUAAGACACGGACACCCUAACUUAAUUAUAUAACAUCAUGAUAUCAUCAUCACCAUCAUCAUCAUCAUCAUCAUCAUCAUCAUCAUCAUCAUCGUCAUGGUAGAUGGAACACAAUACAGGUCAUCCUCCUUGUUAAUAUAAAUUUAUUGUUUAGGUGCCACUGGGCCAAGUAGUGACUAUGUAUCCAUAUCAAAACACGUCUCCAACAACCUACAGUGGGUGGAUAUAAUGUCCAAGAUUUCUAAGACGAAUGAAGUGGUAGGAAUCGCAUUAACAGGCUGGAGCAGGCGAGUGUCACUUUGUACUCUUUCAUUUAAAGCUUAACUAACCACAGAUUCUCAUUCAUCAGAACGUCAAUUUUACAUGUGCUACAUCUUGCUCUUCUUUAGAAUAAAAAGGCUUCUACGACGUGUAUUUGCCUUUGGUUGUGACUCACUGGUUUCAUGGGGUUUCUAAAGGUGGAGAUAUCGACGCGGGAAUCGCUUGUGUUGUGGACGAAAAGCACGUAAUUAAAGACCUCUCUUCACACCAAAAUUGGGUCCAAUUUUGCUUGGGAUGUUUUGACAAGCCCACACCAAGCCCUUGUGGGACUUAUGUCGGUUUUGAUGCCUUCAUUUCAUUGUAGAUACGAUCAUUAUGGUACACUAUGUGAGCUGUUACCAGCAGGAAUACCAUCACUUGUUUUCUGUUUAAAGGCUGUGGACGAAGGUAAGUUCUUCCCUGUUCAGAAGAUGGUCGUUUCAGUAAUUCUUGGAAGUACUAAUGUUAAGUCCAUGGGGCACAUUAAAGGGGGUAUCUCGCAGUAAUAUUGACUCUGCCUUAAGCCUCCAUCAGUGUAUGCUAGUUUUAGUUCAGUUACCGAGAAAAUAUUUGGCUUAGUCAAAUAUGACGCGACGCUUAAGCAACGACGACGAUUCAGCGUUAACACAUGGAAACUAAUCUGCGAAGUAUCUACAGUAGAACCUCGGUAACUCGAACUCUGAGGGGAAACGAAAAACAGUUCGAUUUAGCGGGAAAUUCGAGCAACCGGAGUAAAUUUCAGUGAAAUUUUUAUCAAGGGAAAGGAAAUUUAGUUCGAAUUAGCGGCCAGAAGUUCGAGUUAUCCGAGUUCGAGUUGUCGAGGUUCUACUGUAUAUCCAAUUAAAUCAAACUUUGCCACUGCAUCCCGUGAUCCCACUUUACGUCCGGAGUGAACACAAUCACUUUAGAAACUUGGUUUCUGAAGGCCUGUUCUCGAAUCUGAUAUCAUGGUGAAUGGAUUUUGUUCUUAAACGGAGUAAAAAAAUACGAUUGACUGAUUGAUUGAUUAAGCUAGAGAGACAUAAUGGACAUACAUAUAAAUUGCAAACUCGUCCAUACCGCCCGCCAAUAGGACGAGCUAGAUUUUAUUAAACGCAUUUUUAUAAAAGCAUUGAUUACUAUUGAGGGCAUCAAACCAACCUUCUUUGAGCCACUUUUGCCUUUCCAUUGGAAUAAAGAGUGGAUUGUUAUAGAUCACCCUCAUAUAGUUCUGUUUCACUCAAAAACUGUUGUGUUUUGUAAAGAAGAGAUUAGUAUUUUUUUUUACACUUUUCUCUCCAGGUCAAAUGAAUGAAGCCUUACGCAUAGCAAUUUCCAAGGAACUUGGUUUCAGUAACAGAAUUAAUCUGGACGGAACUGAAUAUUACAAGUAAGAAUGUUUACUGUUGAUAAACGUUUGUUGCAUUACCAUGCACGUACUGUCACGUUAACGUCUAUAAUUGGUGUCCAUCGUCGAAUGGCCGAGAAAGAUAAGCGUUUCUCAUAACCUUGUUCUCAUAGUUUCACAUAAUCAAUUCCCACUUGCCAAAAUCGAAUGCAUUCGAUUCUCACCCCUUUCCUCUAUUCAAAGUUGCCACUGCAAGUAUGAAGAUAAUCUUUGAUUCUUGACAAUUUUGAAAACGGGCAAUUGGGGCAUAAAUCAUGGUAGGACUAAAGAUAAACGACAUCUAUGUUUUUUGGCGCAAGGAGCUACAGUGUCUCAAUGUUGUUAUGCAAAUAGUUUUAGCUAUAACUCGUGCGUAUACAUAUCCUGCAGUGAAAAGAGAACAUAUGGGGACUUCCCAGGUCAUGAGGUCUACGAGCUCAUUUUAAAGCUAAAGGACAUCCAUCAUGCGUUGGGGCUAGUCCACAGCACGUGAGUAUAGAUAUGUUUAUUUUACUGAAUGACGACUCAAUUUGGAUAGAAAUGAAAGGAAAUGAAGUGCUUGUAAAAUUUCGACUGGACUGCAGCAUCAAUACAAUGAUACUGUGCUGAGGAUUCCUGAUACCAGGGCCGUAGCCAGGAAGAAACUACAACCGAGGCGAACACACGGUCCGUUGUACGAAAUCAGCCGUAUGAAAUCUUCUAAUAUUAUCAGUCUGAUAAAAAAAAUAAAAAUCGACAGUAUUUGGUGCCUCGGUUCGCCUCAUACUGGCUACGGCGGUGGAUACUGUGUAACUUGCCCCCCGAGAUGACCUGCAGUUUUCUAAUACAACUGGUAUUCUGCCAAAAAAAAAAAACUAUGUGGUUUAUUGGUGUUAAAGUAGAGCAAGAGACGAGUGCACGCCAUCCUAAAAAGAAUCCCGGAUCCGCCCCUGUAGGCCGACACGUUUCUCAGUCUUACGUGCUUCGUGCUUGACUUUUUCUCGUGUUUAUGAUAUGUUAACAGGUAUUAUGCAAUUGAAAACCAAUCAUAAUUCUCGUAAUUUUUUUUAUUUCUUAAAUUAUUAACUUUUUAAAAGUUUUUAAAUUUUUAACUCUCAAUUUUUAGGCAUUUUUACAUCUGUAAUUUAUUAAAUGCAGGGCCCCACUGGAAACCAUAUCUGACGUGGGCUCCCUGUAUUAUAUUAUUACUAUUAUUAUUAUUAUUAUUAUUAUUAUUAUUAUCAUUAUUAUUAUUAUUAUUGUCAUUAUCAUCAUUAAUAUUAUUAUUAUUUUCUUUGCAAUGUAGUGAAAAGGGGUGGAUGUUGAAACGGCAGCUAGAAGAACAUUCUCUCAGCUAUUUUCGAUUGCGUUUUGCACGCAUGAAAAGUAUGCAGUAAGUAUUUUCACUCCCUUACCAGAGCAACACAGUGGAGAUCCUUCUCUUGAGCAGGAAUCUCAUUAAUUUGCGCAGGAAUAUGCCAUGAAUAGGCAUCCAUGAAUAGGCAUGUCAUGUUCUGUUUUCAUGCAGUGGCAAGAAAUAGCCGGUUUGUUUGCACAGGAAUAUUAACGCCGAUGAUGUCAUGAAUAUGGGCAUCCCACUAAGAAAAGGGUGUUCUGUUUUCAUGUUGUGACUAGAAUAACCGGUUGGACAGGUUUAAACUUAUUUUAAGAUCAACGAUCUCAAAAUUUUGGAUUGGCUGAUUUAGAUUAGGAACGGUGUUUAGCGGCUAUCUGGAAAUCAGAUUGUAGUUUGCUUAGCUGUCAAGCACAAACCCGGUUGUGACUGGAAUGGAUACCUCAAAAUCAGAUAGUCAUCUUUACUCAAAAUACAUGUCAGGAGUCUUAUAACUUUGUAAAUAACGGAAGAAAGAAAACGGAAGAAAACAAUUGGUACGUAGUAUCCGCAUCAUUUGAUGUAUAAUCCACAUCCGUUUCCACUACAACAUCAACGGCUGACUGCCGACACUGGUUAAUUUUAACGUACUUUAACUGGCAUUUAUAAUUACAUUAUUGAAAGCUAAGCGUUAAGAGUGCUUUACCCUAAUCACUGUACUUCGGUACUAAAACCUGUCUUCAACCCUUUUCCUUGCACAAUCGUCUCUUACUUUUAUUUCGCCACUUUUCUCAAAAAUGUACCCAAUAAAUUUGCGUAAAUGGUUCUCUUCGAGGAGCAUAGCGUUGUGGAAUAAACAUAAGGUGUCCAACCUGAUUUUAAGGUACCCAUUUUAGUCACAACCAAACCAUCACUGAACCACUGAUAUUCCCGUGUAAGGGGCUAUGUCAGCUGGAGAGCAUGCGCUCUGAGGUUAUGCAAAUUACUUUCAACUGUCAAAAUUUUAUUGUUUUUAACGCGUGACUUUAUGGUAGCAUUUUUUCGAGCAUUUUAGUGAGGCAAAAGCAUUGAGUAUUAUUCGAGCAUUUUAGUGGCAUUUUCCCCGGAAAAUUAAUUUUUCCGAGAAAAUAAAAUAGAAAUUAACUUUUUUCAGGAGCCCAUGCCCCAUGAGCUCCCGCUUUUUUAAACAAAAUGAAGACUAGAAUUCAAAUUCACAAAAAACCUAAUAAGCUGUUUUUUUUGGCUGUAUUUAUGAACUUGUACACGUUGUCGUUGUUACUUGCAACACUUGCACGUUUUUGUAAGUGUAAACUUUGAAAUUAAUUAAAAAAACCGUUUGUAUAAUGAGCAUUAUCCGAGCAGUUUAGUGACUUUUUUGGGGAGACCGAGCAUUUUAGUGGGAAAAAUGGAGCAUUUAGGUGGAGCAUUUUAGUAGGGAAGCAAAAGCAUAAUGUACAAAAGCGUAGUGACUUUCUCCAUGUGCGCUCUGAGGUUAUGCAAGUUACUUUCAACUGUCAAAAUUCUAAUGUUUUUAACUCGUGACUUUCUCCGGUUCUCUGUCACGUCCAAGGCUCCGAAUUUAGAGAGGUUAACAAGCGAAAAAGGGAUAUUUCGAUAGAAUUUACGGAACGUUUCUUCUCUGGUUAUGCUAGAUCAAGAAUAAAAUUGUGACGACAAUUUUAUUUGUAGUUUUGAAGUAAAAACGCAUGCCAUUCAUAAAAUAGAGCGCAAACAAAAAUUCAACAACAACAUAUUCUCUUAUUCAACAAAAUAAAUCGAAGUUGUAUUUUACAAACGAGCUACAAAAGACGCUAGACCGAACUCUGUAACUCUGCCAUUACAACGGCCGCUGAUAAGAAGACACAGUAAAUCCACGUAAAAACAUUCCACAGGCAAACAAUUUCAAAAUAACGCUAAAAAAUUAUUCAGUAAUCACCAUAGAAAGAUUCUUAAUACAAAACUUCGCUAACUAUCGAACGAUGGCUGAGAUUUAGACAGAUAAAAACAGCCUUCCAAAAUCUCCGACAGAACUUGAAAAAGUCGGGCCGACUUUUUCAAGUUUGUUCUCAUUGGCUCGCGCAUGCUUGUGGGGUGACAUAGCCCUUUUAAUAUUAUUAUUUUUUCCUUUCAGGGCCGCUACUUCAUACGCAGAAUUAAGAGAUGAAGCGCAGGCUUUACUGUCACAACUUUACAGCAAUACCACAGUCACAGAAUGGCUUAAGGAUAAGAUAGAUGACAGAAUAACAGACGCUCAAUUUCAAAUCAGUAGAAUAGAAAGUGUUGAAAGCAUGUUCGAAUUCGAAUCAAGAUAA